GGCUCCCGGUGCACCGCCCGGGCCGGAAGUGGCCUGACAGCACCUCGCUGCCGCUUACUCGCCGCGUGAAGCGCGGUGAGGGGCUGGCAGUCUGAUCCGAUUCUCGGCUGGAGCGAGUGCACAGCAGUCUUGGGGUCCUCCUUGAGGACGCAAUAGUCCGGGCCACGAGCACGUCGGAAAGGCCUUGGGGUGACUCUCACCUGAGAGAGUAGGCGUCGGUCCCGGGCGCGGAGCGCGGUGCGCAGGCGCGGAGCUGGCUCGCGGCGCUAUGGCUCCUGUCGCCUCUCGCAAGCGCUCGAGAAGCCGCAGCCAGUCCCGGGGACGAGGGUCGGAAAAAAGAAGGAAGAAAAGCAGUGGGGACGCUCGGAGAAACUGCGCCACCUCCGGAUCCCAAGGUCGCAGGGCCAGCGCCGCCGAGGGGGCGGAGGCCUCACCUUCUCCCUGCAUCACAGAGAGAAGCAAGCACAAGGCCCGGAGGAGACCGCGAUCCAGCUCCUCCUCCUCUUCUUCCAGUUCUUCCAGCUCCUCGUCCUCGUCCUCCUCCUCCUCCUCUUCCUCCAGCGAUGGCCGAAAAAAGCGGGGGAAACACAAGGACAAGAAGAGAAAGAAGAAGAAGAAAAGGAAGAAGAAGCUGAAGAAAAAAGGCAAGGAGAAGACAGGGGUGCAGCCAGCUGAGGCUCUGCCUGGCCCCUCACUGGAACAGUGGCACCAGUCAGCCUGGGAGGAGGACAAUGGCCCAGUCCUGACGGAUGAGCAGAAGUCCCGAAUCCAGGCCAUGAAGCCCAUGACCAAGGAGGAGUGGGACGCCCGACAGAGCGUCAUCCGCAGGGUGGUGGACCCUGAGACAGGACGCACCAGGCUCAUUAAGGGAGAUGGGGAGGUCCUGGAGGAAAUCGUAACCAAAGAGCGCCAUAGAGAGAUCAAUAAGCAAGCCACCCGUGGAGAUGGCCUGUCCUUCCAGAUUCGAGCCGGACUGCUUCCCUGAGGCCCUGCUGGCAAGACCUGAAGAUGGCCUAUGGUGGGGUCCCGGGCCCCCAUCUGGAGGAGUGCCCGCCACCUGGGUAUUAAACAUUGCUUAGCUGCA